UCGGCCGAAAGACGCGCCGUUUUUAGCGUCAGUCGACAUGCGGCAAGAGAUAUUCGUACAACUCCAUGGCAAACUCACGUGGAAAUGUGGUGCUUUUCGUGUUCGCGCUAGUGUCGACGACGAUGUCUUCUCCUCUAGAAUCUCCCAGUUUUAGAUCUCCUGUUUCAAAUCUCACCGUAGCGGUUGGUAGAGAAGCCGUGUUGAAUUGUGCAGUAGACAACUUAAACCCUUAUAAAGUAGCCUGGCUCAAAGUGGAUACGCAAACAAUCCUAACAAUUCACAACCACGUUAUUACUAAAAACAGCCGAAUCGGCGUCUCAAACAGUGAAAAAAAUAUCUGGCAUCUACAUAUCAAAGAAGUGAGGGAGUCAGACCAAGGUUGGUACAUGUGUCAAAUCAACACAGAUCCCAUGAAGAGUCAAGUGGGAUAUCUCACAGUGGUUGUGCCUCCAGAUAUACUAGACUAUCCUACAAGCACUGAUAUGGUUGUGGAUGAAGGAUCUAAUGUUAGUCUUCAGUGUGUAGCGAAAGGUUCUCCAGAACCUGCUAUAAUGUGGAAAAGAGAGGAUGGAGAAGUCAUACGAUUUCAGAACGGGUCUGAAGUGUUAAGCGCAUUAGGACCAGUACUAAAUAUAACAAAUGUAAAAAGAGAACACAUGGGACCAUAUCUUUGUAUAGCCACGAAUGGAAUACCACCAUCGGUGAGCAAGCGCAUCAAACUUGUAGUUCAGUUCGCACCGUCUGUGUGGAUUCAGUAUCAGCUAAUAGGUGCUUACGAUGAUCAGCAAAUAACUCUGGAAUGUUUUUCUCAAGCUUUUCCAAAGUCGAUAAACUAUUGGACUAAAGACACCGGAGAAAUUAUUCCACACAGUAACAAAUUCGUUCCUGAAAUCAUAGAAGAUGGAUAUAAAGUUCAUAUGAAACUUAGAAUAAAUUUGUUAGAACCAAAAGACUACGGAGUGUAUAAAUGCAUAUCAAAAAAUUCAUUAGGAGACAUGGAGGGAACAAUAAAUGUGUACAGAAUUCCUAAUCCUAAUCAAUACAUUCAUACUAACAAGAAGCAACAAGCUUAUGAAGAAAAUAUUUCGUUUGGUGAUUCGAAAUACAAAUACCAUGACGCAGAUGUAAAGAAAUCGCGUAAUGAAACUUCAAGGAGGAUUAGCUUAGAAGGUGCCAUUGAUCUUCAAAGCUACCACAGUACGAAUUCCGCUCAUCGAGUCUCUCCAAAACAUUCCUUAGAAACCCUAUUUUUAGUUAUAAUUGUAUCUAUAUUGCGCUACCCCAGAAUAGUUAGUACUAAUCCACAUAUCCAUUUUUCCAUAUCAUAAGGAAUGUCUAGGCAUCAUAUCAUAAAAUAGUACUGUGGCUAUUUUUGUACGCUUGUGUCUAGUCUAGUAUGAACUGAAGUAAUAGCUCUUAUAUAGCAUAAGGAAUUGUACAUAUUUUAAUGAAAUUUAAGUAAUAAAACUGUGAAUUAUGUAUGUA